UCAUUCCUACAGUUCGCGAUUGGUCAGAUUUUCGAUACGCGCGAUCCGCGAUCCGCAAUACGCUCCAUGGAAUAGCACCCUCAGUCGUCGAGACUCAAGUGAUUACGAGGGAAUAAAAACAUCAAGAAGAAGUAACAAAAAUACAAAAACUAAUUUCAAACAGUUGGUUAUCAUCGCAUUUCGCAGACAUAAAAGAUUGUAUGGCAAGAUGCAUUCAUUGCGAUCGCAAAUUAGAUAUAUUAAUUGGAAUAGAUCUUUUAGCGAAUCACUUACAUAUGUUUCAUGAUAUAAAUGAGAAUUCAAGAAAUGGUAACAAAAUUGUAAAGAAUAAUGUGGAUAUAUUACCAUCGUUGAAACGUUCGUGGGCGUGGCAACAUUAUACAUCAAUAAGCAAAAGUGAAAUAAAAUGUAAUCAUUGUAAUAAAAUUUAUAAAGGUUUACACAUUACAUCAAAUAGGAAACAACAUUUAUAUAAUUUUCAUAAAAUAUCAAACAACAACGAGUGGAAAAAUUUCAAAACAACUCACAACUUGGUAUGGCAAUAUUUCACUAAAGAAGAAGGAUAUACCGCAAAAUGUACUAUUUGCAACCAGCUGAUAAAAAGUGCAUCCCAUGUGACAUGUUUGAAAUCUCAUUUGACAAGCAAACAUAAACAGGAAGUAAUAAAUAUACAAGAAACGAUUAAACGUGCUUGGUUAAUACGACAUUUUGCUAUCAAUAAUGAUAGUCAUACGAUAAAAUGCAUUCACUGCAAGCGCAAAUUGACGAUAUUUCUGGGAAUAAAUGGCUUAGAAAAUCAUUUACUAACGUUCCACGGUAUAAAUGACAGUACGCAAACUGAAAGACAAAAUGAAGAAAAUGGUGCAGACAUAAUGAUGCCGCAAUUAGUAAAUGACAAAAGCAGCGCAAAUGCAAGUUCUCAUCAGAAUGAUUGCGCGCAAGCUAUGGAAAAUAAGAAAAGACAACGACUUUAUUAUGAAUCAAUUCAAGAUCAGCCAAUAAUGCAGAUGAAUACUUUGGAACAGAUGUUGCGAUCUGAUAAAACAUUAAAUAAUGACAAUUUAACUGCAGAUGCUUUAAUAUCUCAAGAUAUAAGUAAAUGUUUAAAACCUGAUGAAGAAACUGGAAGAAAUAUCGUAAGUUUACGGAUGCAAUAUAUGACAAAUGAAUCGAAUAUUGCAAGUUCAAAAGUUUAUCAAGAAGUAUAUCUGCGAGACACAUCCAGUGAAGAAGAUCGAUGGUUCCAUUAUAGAGUGGUUUGGAAUCAGCAAACGAUGACAAGUGCUUCUCAGCAGACAUUGCAAACUCAUAAUGCAACAAAUAUUGAAGUUUGUCCUUAUGGCUAUUUAGCAUUUUCUGAUACAAAUAGGUAUUCAAAAUCUGAUGAAGAAACUCGAAGAACUGCCAAUAUGGCAGUGCAAUUCUCGGUUAAUGGAAAGAAUAACACAUGUUCUUAUCAGGAGAAUUCGCAUUUGCCAAUCAUAGGAAAUGAAAGAAGUCAAUGGUUAUAUUAUAAAGCAAUUGAAGACUUGCAAACAUUCAUGCUGAAGUCUUCAAAACAGGUGAUAGCACAUCAAUUAAUUAGUAACACAUCAAACCAUUAUCAUUUUCCAGAUACCUUCACAUUUCAUAAUAUAUAUGAGUAUUCAAGAUCUCAGACAAGUAUUAGAGAAAAUCCAACGAAUAUAUUCUUCAGCACAUAAAAGAUAAUUCAAGUACAUACUUUUUUCAAGAUGGCGCGAUAUUUGCAAAUUGCAGAAAGUGAAAGAAGUCAAUGGUAAAAAUUGCAAAUAUUAUCUUUAUCAAGUGAUAUACACACAUAUAUAUAUAUAUAUA